AAUAACUUGUUGUUUUUUUUAAAUUCAAGUAUAACACUCAUUUAAAAAGCAGUUUAGAUAAGAGAUAAAGUUUUAAAAUAAAAAUAAUUUUUUGUUGAUAAAGUAUUUUUUUUUAAAAAUCAAGCAAGGCCAUAACCCAAUUGGUCUUGUCAUCAUGGUCCACUUUCUGCCAAAAUAUUUUAUAAAGAAUAUGGGAUACUCCUGCAACUUGCUAUGUAAGUUAUAAUUUUUUUUUAUAUUAUUAUCAGAAUUAAAUUGCUGCGUGAAUUGAGUUGGGUGUCUGCGUGGGUGUCAGCGUGCGUGUCUGUGUGGGUGUCUGCGUAGGUGUCUGUGUGGGUGUCUGUGUGGGUGCCUGUGUGGGUGCCUGACUGGGUGACUGAGUGGGUGCAUGUGUGGGGGUCUGUGUAGGUGUUUGUGUUGGUGUCUGUGUAGGUGCCUGUGUGGGUGUCUGUGUGGGUUUCCGUGUGGGUGGCUGUUUGGUGCAUACUUGGGUGUCUGUGUGGGUGUCUGUAUGCACCGUGAAGGGUUACGGAUGAUGUUAUGCGUUAUGCAUUAUGUAUUAUGUAUUAUGUGAAGAAUUACGUGGCUUUUUGUGAUAGCAAUGCAAAUUCCAAUAUGUAAAAUAUGUUCUUUUAUUUGGUAGUAAAUGUCAGCCUUGUGUUUUAUGUGUUGUAUUGAGCGAAUUUUUAUAUCAAGAUUGUUUGUACAUGUACUAGCCAUAGCAAGAUUGCUUGACAGACUCACGACAUCAUGUCCUAUCAUUCCAGUGCUCAUCUUGGCCACUAUGAUGAACCCCACGCUGCAGUGUCGGGGGAUUCUGAGCUCCCGCCUGAGCGACGACGUGGACAGCAGCUGUGAGCGCAUCUCCGACUUCGCCACCUGUCUCGCAGCCAAGCACGCUGCUAUGGAUUCACCCUUUGGAGCAGACAUGCCGAAACUCAUUGCCGAGGCUUUGUCCAACAUCACCAAGAGUGCCUGUGGUUUCGAGUGCGCUAUCAGAACCGAUGCAGGCGAACAGGAACACGCAACGCCGUAUCUGCUAGCGCUGGGACCUGCUUUGAAGAUAUGCGCGUUCAAUCAUAUACUGCAGGUCAACAUCAACCCGGGCAAGGCGUGCGAUAAUCUGCCCGACCUGGUCGUGUGUUUUCUCGUCAAGUCCCGGAUCAGAACGUCACGUGAAGCCAUCGAACUGGGAACACACAUCAUGGCUCACGUCAUACAGGCCAAGUUUGGCGUCACGUGUGACAGGUCGUUCAGUACUAGAAGAAUCCAAAAGAAAUGUCCAAAAAGGCCAAAAAGAUAUUAACUUCUUAAAAGUCGUGACCUGGGAUUGUGAUAUUCAGAGCCGAGCGACACGUGAAAAUAUCCGAAUUCCUCUAUCCCCAUACCCCAAUGUCUCCAACCCCCAUAUCCCAAUGCCUCUAUCCCCAUUUCAAUGUCUCUAUCCCGCAUAUCCCGAUUUCUCUAUCCCCCUAUAUUCCAAUGUCUCUAUGCCCAGAUAUCCCAACAUCGCUAUAUCCUGUAUCCCAAAAUGUCUACCCCCAUUCCCUGCAGCUUUACCUUGUGUAACAACAUUACCCAAUGUCCCUUAUGUCAUUUUUUUUUCUUCCUGCUAUUAAAAACAUGCCUAUUUUGAAAGAUAUACAAUACACAAACACACUUGCAGGCAUUCCAUUUGUUGAAAAUGUAAGACACACCAGGGUGUUCGACUGCUCAAGGCAUUUCAGUUUUGACCCCCUGAACAUUCUUGCUACUGUCCAUCACAUUCUGUCUACUUAUAAACUUACUCUUAGUUAAAUGUGCACACUUCGUUUUGUUUAAAUUUUCGAUUAUUACCAAAAGUAUUUGAUUUAUUUUAACCCAACAUUGACACGUCAUUGGUUUUAUGUAUGCCACUGGUUGCCGCGUUUCAUUUUCUUCUGGCUCUAUCCAAGUCUCCCAGUUAUCUGCGUGGUUCUCUGCAUGUUCACAUGAUCUCACCUUUAUCUAUAUGCUGCAUAAUAUACGACUGUUUUUUCAAUCAUCCUAUUAAUGUAAAUAUGUGACAGUUUUCCAAUCAUCCUAUUAAUGUAAAUAUGUGACUGUUUUCCAAUCAUCCUAUUAAUGUAAAUUUGUGACUCUUUUUCAAUCAUCCUAUUAAUGUAAAUAUGUGACUGUUUUCCAAUCAUCCUAUUAAUGUAAAUAUGUGACUGUUAUCCAAUCAUCCUAUUAAUGUAAAUAUGUGACUGUUUUCCAAUCAUCCUAUUAAUGUAAAUACGUGACUGUUUUCCAAUCAUCCUGUUAAUGUAGAUAUGCGAGGUAAAACUACUUCAUUCAUAGAAAGGCAGCAACGCACUAACUUCACCAAAACUCUAUUCGUGUUCUUCUUACAUGAGAAGCAAAACUCUUCAUAUUUUUAAUGUGUGAUAUUAAAUUUCACUUCCAUCGCCAACACAUUGCAUCGCAAGUAUUUUAAAAUGUGUAUUAAAGCCUUCACAUCAAAUGCCUCAGUCUUGCAGACCUUCGAGUUUUUCAUAUGCGUAAAGAUUUCAAAUAUGUAUGGAUAUUUUAGAGAGACCCACAAAAAUAAUUUGUUAUGAUGCUAGUAGAUUUGGUUCAGCCUUUGGAGUAUGUCAUUAAGGUCUAAUGGCCCUUCGGUUCAGUUGCGACUUCUGGUCUAAGACAUACUAGUCUUAUUAAGAUUCACUUGUCGCUCACACGGUCCUUCACUGGUGUACAUGACAGGGAAUUGGUAUCCAGCGUCAGCAUACAAUCUAUAAAUAGGCUAUCUAGAGUCUUCCAGCAAUCUAUAAAUCGGCUAUCCAGUGUCUGCCUUCAAGCUAUGCAUUGGCUAUCCAGUGCUUGACUUCAAUCUACAAAUUGGCUAUCCAGUGUCUGCCUUCAAGCUAUGCAUUGGCAAUCUAGUGUCUGCCUUCAAGCU